UACUACCCAAACCCAAACCCCAAAAACUGGGGAACGUCACUUCCAGUUCCGGGCGCUCCCGCAGCCACCGGAGAUCGACAGCGAUGGCCGCCACCGCCUCUUCCGCCGCAGCCCAACCCCUCCCUUCCUUGAAAGUCUCGGCCGAUUCUCCGCCUCCGAAACUCGCCCUCACCCCCGAUCAGUACAAGUACUGCUCUCAGGCUCUCAAGCUCUUCAAAGAAAAGCUCCAGAUGCCUGACCAUAUCAACCAGGAGUUCGCUCAGCUACAGGCCAAGAGGAUCACAUUAGCUGAGAUGAAGAGGAACUGCACUGUGGCUCUUGACAGUGUCAAUUCCAGCAAAAACCGAUACACUGAUGUCGUACCAUUUGACAAAAAUAGGGUUGUUCUCAACUCCUGUAAGGAUUACAGACCUUCUGCGAGGGGCUACAUCAACGCCAGCUUAAUCGCGACUAGUGCCUCCAAAAGCAUUUCUCGGUUUAUAGCAACACAAGGUCCACUUCCGCACACAUAUGAGGAUUUCUGGGAGAUGGUACUUGAGCAACGCUGCCCGGUGGUUAUCAUGCUUACUCGCUUAGUUGACUGUUACACGAUGGUUAAAUGUGGAGAUUAUUUUCAGGCUGAAGAUGGCCCUAGGGAAUUCGGUAACAUAUGUAUAAGCACCAAGUGGCUAAGAACUACUGACACUUCAUUAGUGUUGCGCCUUUUGGAGGUUAACUACAAAGAGUCCGAAGAACCACCCAUGUCUGUUUUGCAUUUUCAGUAUCCUGAAUGGCCUGACCAUGGAGUUCCAAAGAACACAUUUGUGGUCCGUGAAAUCUUGAAAAGAAUAUAUCAAGUACCACCAAACCUUGGCCCAAUUGUGGUGCAUUGCAGUGCAGGUAUUGGGAGAACUGGAACAUACUGCACAAUUCAUAAUGCAGUACAAAGAAUUCUUGCUGGGGACAUGUCUGCUUUAAAUCUUGUUGAUACAAUAACCACAUUUAGGUCUCAGCGAAUUGGAAUGGUCCAGACACUGGAGCAAUAUAUUUUCUGUUAUUCUGCCAUAGUUGAUGAAUUGGAAGAGCUCAUGUCAGAUUUGAAUAGCGAAAUGAACUCAAAAUAGUAGCUUAAUGAUAAUGGCAAUGCUCAUUAAAGCUGGAAUUAGUCCGCUUGCUUAUUGACCAACUCUGCCGGUAUUUGUGCACUUCGCAGCGAUCUGGUACGUCAUUAUUCUUGUGGAACAAGUAGAGUGCUGCUGAGAGCAUAUCAACUCUUCCCGAAUCAUCUGUUCCACUAUUUCAUAACACGAGACACAAGAGCACUAGGGAUCGUAAUGAUUAGGCAUUUCAAAGGUGUUUGCCAUAUGAUUCUGACAAGUAUGACUCUGUAUGUCUAAAUCGUAUAACUCCGAUAAUCGAAAGGUUGUAUUAACUGCUCAUUGGCAUUCCUGCUCAACAUUUUGCUAAUUGGAUGUGAUAUGUAUUUCAAGCA